AAUUUACUCCUACACACCCCACUUCCUGCGUAUAUGGCCAUUGAAAUAGAUCAUCUUGCUAAUGUGGCUAUAGCAUGAGGUCAGUCAACCAAACAACCUUCCAUUCUAUUUUGAUUCUACAUUAAUCUUGGAUCCUUCCAGUAUUCGUUCCUUUUUUUUUAUUUCAUUUUUUGUUACUGCUUCUGACAUCAUAUCCUGAGUAGUACAUUGGUUUAACAGCAAAGCUAGAUCUUCUCAGCAUACAGUGCAAGAAGAUGUUUAAAAUGGAUUUCAGUUUUUCAUUUUCCCUGCCAUGCAUGUUGAUGAUCCUGACCAUUAUUAGUGGCAAGGUUUGUGCUGCCAAUAAUUUAACCUCUCAGAAUAAUUCCUCAGAACCACAAGAAUCACAGUAUGCUCAGCCAGUGAAAGGAGACCAAAAUUGUGUGCACACCUGUGACAAACCAAUAUGCUUGAAGGAUGAGGAAAGAAAGUGCCUUGGAAAUGAGACUUCCUUUCUUUGUAUAUGUGAUGUGCUUCCAACUGUUCAUAUUCAUUGUCUGCCUAGUGGAAAAAUCAGUCUGUUCUGUGAAACAGGUGGACAAUUCAAUGACAAUGUUCUCUGGACCCUGAAUGGAAAUCCUAUAAGUGAUGCUUGUAUCAAGGAUAAUGGCACUAUAAUUACCUUGGAAAAAGAUAAAGGUGGCAAGUACGUUUGCCAAAGAGGAAAUCAUUGUAAGAGUUCUCCUGUUGAAAUAAGAUGUGACAAUGGGGAUCUGCUGCAGCAUCCACUCUUCCUGUAUGUCCUGACAGCCUGUGGAGGUGGAGCAGUUUUGCUAGCUAUCACAGCCUCAUUGAUCACAUGCUGCUGCAUGAAAACCAAACACAACUUCGUUCGGGUCCCUGUGGAAGAUGAAAAGGAUGAGGGCAUAACCAUGUCUGCCAUUUCUAGUGAAAGGCCAAAUCCUCCUCCUAAUGGAGACCAUUGUGAAGUUACAGAUGUCCUUAUUGAUAGUACCGCCAAUACUAGUGCACAAAUCUGUGAAAGUUUCAAACCAGACCAUAAGGAAGAUCCAAAUCCUUCAGUGGGACCCGAGGUGAAGACAGAAUGCAGAAGAGAGGAGAAAGUUGGGACAGAAACAGAGUUCCAAGAUGAUACAAUUGACAACGCAGCUCAGGAAGUUAUAGAUGACUGUUUUCCUGAUCCCAUUGAUGCUUGAUGUCCUCCUUUUGCCUUCUCCAGGUCCGGGGAACUGGGUCUUCUUCAUUCCAAGCUUUCUCAGAAUAAUAUAAUGUCCUUUAUAAAUUACUUACCUGCUAAUAGCAUAAGCCUACAAAUAAUUUAAAAUUAGCCCAAAUGUGGUUUUCUGCUGUGUUCCUACUUCUAAGGGCAUUUAUAGAAUUAAAUAUGAGAAAUCUAAAUAUCAUAUGCCCUUUCCCCCAAACUGGAAUAAUUUCUCUUCCAAGUCAACAUUUGUCCUUCAAUCCCCAAGAUUCCUGGUUCAACCUAAGUAGACAUACAAACGACGAAAUUCUUUUGAGGAAUUCUAGCUCUUUUUACACUGAAAUCACAAUCAAGAAUUCUGUAGAAAAUUCUAGAGCAAGUUUUAAGCUUCCUUGCUGAAAUGUUUAGUUGUUGCAGAUUUUUGUGAUUAAACAUAAUGUCUAUUUACUUCUGUGCUAAGUGUUUACAUGACCCAAAACUGGUUCCAGGAGUUAGCAGCAGACUCCUAUAGCUAUGUUACACAGGAUGUUCUCAAACUGCCUAUGACAUUUUGGGUCUUCUGGAAAGUGGUCUGUUUCAACAGUAGACCAUGUACCAGUGUUUGGGAUCCAGAGAUUUGCCUCAGCCCAUAACUUUCAAAAAUUAUCUGUAUUAUGAACAAAAAACCUUUCACCACAGUUUUGUAAUGCUGAGAGUGAGGAUUCUGAUCAUAUAUUUCUCUUGGACAUUUGAAGAGAAUUAGGCAAAAGUAUUUUUCUAUACAUACUCUCGCUCUUAACGUGUGAGUAACAGAUAGAGAAUAACAGAGCAUUUCCCUCAUCACCAUUUUUACAGAUGGUGUUAUCAUUUUAAGCCGACUGUUUUUCAGCAAUAUUUUCAUAAUUUUGCUCAUCUUUAUUUAAAUGAAGAACAGAUAUCUUUUAAGUUUAUCUGUCUUGUGAAUCUUGUUGAAUGUGAGAAAUGUUUAUAGAAGGUGCCCUAUUGUGGAACUUUGUGAACAUGUUUAUAUAAGAUAGGACUUCUAAUUACAGUAGCUACAAACUGCUUAAAAGGCCAGUGCUUCAUGCUUCUAAAACCAUUUUCCAUUUUCUGAAGGACAAAACCAGGAGAAGUGUUUGCUCCCAUAUUGUCUUGUGUAUUUCCUGUAAGCAUCAGCUCAACCAUUUUGGGAACUAUGAUGCUGAACAUGCUUGGCUAUUGGUCUAAAUCAGCAACAAUUUUAUGCUGACCUUGCCAUAGGGAAAAAAAGAAUAAAACUUUUAUUUUUUAAAUGACAUAGACCUUAAUUUAAUGAAAAACUGAAACGAAGGCUUAAAACUCUUUCUUUUGGGGAAGAAAAUUUUUCCAACUGCUUAGCCUGCUAUAAAAAAAAUAAAUACACUUUGCAGGAGUGUAUACUAUAAUAUGAACUGGUUGUAGGUGUAUCCAGUGCACUUAAAAAAAAGAAAACAAGCAAACAAUUUGGUGAUGACAAAUACAGCUUUGGCAUCUAUUAUAAAUGCCCUUUAAAGUAUUGUACUCUGAAAGGUUUUAAGAAUAAUAAACAAGAGGUGGAGAAAAAGCUGUUUUUUUCUUCUACUUUAUUGCCAUCCAAACCUUGCUUUUUCUUUUUCAGAGAAAUGUGGUUUAUAAACAUGGCAUAUAAUAAUAGUUACCUUGAUUGUAAAGUAUUUUGUACCACUUGCAUAUAGUUGCAGGAUUUUCUUUUUCAUCUUCCUAAAUGCUUUAAGGUAGAUUUGACCAGGCUGAUUGGGGAUUAUACAAUAAAAAUAGCAAUUAGGAAAAAGUAACAAAUCAAAAUGAUAGUAAUCUGGUGAUAGCCAUAUCUAGAGAAGCCCCUUGGACAAUAAAACAGAUGCUUCCUGCUUUUUGAAUGAGCAUCUUUACCACACUAGAGAAGAUGCAAGGAAAACCCAGGCAUGAGGUAGCUUUGUCUAUUCUGUUGAACAGCUAGAGCUUGCCGCUUUGCUUAAUUUUUUUUCCCCUUUACAUUGCAAUAAUACAAUGUCUGAAAAACCAUUCUUCUGUAAUGCUUUGAGCUGUAUUCACACUGUGGUGAUUUUUUUAUGAUGCUGUCCCUCAUUAAUAAAGAGAUUGUUUUAUAUACCUAGAA